AUGAACUUCCUUCGUCCAUUUACGGCGUUUCCAGGUGUCCAAAGCAUCGUACGAGUCGAAUACAAAUCAUCGCUGUUGCUUGUACCCAGAUACCCAACGCUUGACGUUCACUUUUUUUAUUCUUGCGCCCGUGUUACCCUUUCUCACUCUCUCACUUUCAUUCCGACCAUGUUCGUUCCUUUGCGCGCGCGAUACCCUGACGACGACAUGUGCUCUUCCACGGACGCGGCCUGCACCGCGACUCCCACCUCAGCUGCACCCUCAGAGGCGGCCACCUCGGCAGCUACGCCCUCAGCGAUACCCGUCGAGCAGAAGAUAGGUCAGCGGAACUUCACCGGCGUGAUCAUCAUCAUCGUGAUCGUCUUCGUCGGGAUCCUCCUCUGGAUCAUGUUCAGCAGAGGAGCGGCAGCGAAGCGGGUGCGAAGGCUCUGCCGCAGGAAGGAGUCCGCGCUUCCAGCCCGGACGGUCGUACAGGUGGUGCGGAGCGUCGAGAGCGACGACCAGCUGUCCGAGACGAAGGAGGCCGCCAAGUCCACUUCCGACAAGAGGAAGUCUAGGGCGCCGAAGGUUCGUCUGUCCUCGCUCCUGCCUGAGAGGCAUGCGGCUGAGCCUGGUGUGCAGGACGUUAGCGACAGCUCCGAACCCAAGUCGAAGAUGUGGGAGAGCAAACGGUCCAGGCAGUGA